CGAGUGCUUCUGCAAAUAAGGGGCGAACGUAUCGUCCUGGCGUGCUUUUCCCCGUCGUGUCGUUACCGCUCUCGCUUCCUGGAGGCCGAGCGCCGGCCAGGCCUGGCGGGAUGAGUUUGCUCUCCGCCUCAUCUGCCUGUUUGGUUCGCCCCUCGAUUGUUAAAUCCCACAAUUUGUCAAGUAUGCAAAAGUCGCCGCGGACGCAAAUGUGGUAGGCAUGGUUCUCGCGUCUCCACUGUAAGACUGAGUGUGCGUGUGUGUGUGUCUGUGUGUGUGUCUGUGUGUCUGUGUGUCUGUGUGUCUGUGUGUUUUUGCGCAGAGGGGCAAAGGUAUCGCAUUCCAGACCCACUGCUUUUCUUCAUGUGUUCUUUGUAGGCGGUCGCAGAGAAUGUUCGGCGUCGCGUUUUUUUCUUGGAUUCUUGUCGCUUCAAGGAAGACUUCUACCUUCUCGAACCCGGGAGGCAAAACGCAAUUUGUCUUGAUCUCGCAGAAGCCCGCUUGUGUGAACGAUUUUACUGGGUAGCGCAAGCUGUGAAGGGUCACGCGUGUUCGUUGAGCGAUCCGUUUUGCGGAGUCGCUCCCGCAAUGGCGCACACAGAGCACGUAAGAAUCGCACUGCCGCGCCCAUUGUUGGACAGUGAUCCUGCGAGGGCUGGUCAUUGGGGGCCAGGUGCCAGGCGCCGACGGCAUUCCAGGGAUUUACGCUGCCUCAGGAGGAGCACCCCUACAUCAGAGUGCUCAACCUUCUGGGUGGUGGCCGGCGCGGCGAGCACCGGCGGCGGCCAAGGCGGUGGUGCGGCUGGCGCCAGUGGCAUGGGUCAGGAUCCUGAAAAGGAGAUCAAGAAAGUCACCACCGAGACGAACAAGAUUGUUGAGAAGAACAUUGUCAAGGAGGUUAAUGGCGUCCCGCUCACUCCGCCGGUGAUAGCGGCCAUUGCAACACCCGUUGCCCUCGUGGCCCUCUUCGCUGGA